AUGUUAAGUGAUUCAUCUUUCUUCCAAUCUAAAACACUCCUUCAUUACUCUGAUAAUAGUAAUGAAAUUGUUGACACCAUUGAAAUAGAAACUAUGAAAAAAAGAUGCAUUGGAACAAAAUUUGAAAAAAUAAAUUGGAACAAUAGUAUUAUUGAAAUACCUUCUCCAAAAAUUCCAGGUAAAUAUUUUAUUAAAUAUAUGAGAAAUAUCCCAAUUCAUUUUCAAUGGUUUACUCAACAAAAACAAAUAGAUUUAUUUUUUGAAAUUUUAAAGUUUGGAGUAAACUUAGAAGAGGCUAUUAAUUAUACUAAAAUUGAAAAUGAUAUAUUAAAAAUAAUAACUACUAUUGAUUUAGGUAUUUUAAUUGAUGCUGAUAGAACUAAAUCUUGUGAAAAUUUAUUAAUUUCAGCUGUAGGUUUACAAGACCAAAAUAAAGUUACUCGAUUUUAUUAUAAUGAAACUACUUUUUUAAAUGCAUUUGUUGCUGGUAAUGUUGAUGAAUAUUCAUUAGAUAAAAGAAAAGCAAUGAACAUUAUUCCAACACAUCUUGGAAAACAAUUUGUUAAUCGUAAUAUGCCUCAAAUGGUUGCUGCUAUUAUAAGAAAAGGUAAAACAUCAUUAGGAGAUAAAAUGUUUGAAUUAUUUCAAGAGUAUACAAACAUUUCUAUUGAAUUAUUUAUUAAGAAUGUCCAAAUGUUAGGAGAACGCUGGAAAAAUGAAGGAAAUACUGAAUUAGCAUCAUUAGCUCUAAGAUAUUGUGGUUUAUCUCAUUCAAAUCCAACAACGUCAGUAUCUUCUGAUUUUAAUUCUUUAACAAAUAUUGAUACUGAAUUAUUAAAACGAUGGACUGGAAUGAGGAAUUUUAGAAUUAUAUUUGAGAAAACUAUUGGAGAUAUUGAUUUAGUUCAAUUUAACCAAGCAAUUUGUGGAAGAAAAAAUAUGAUGAUUAUUGUUUUUGCAGAAGAUGGUAGUGUUUUUGGUUCAUAUUCAUCAAUUGAUAUUCCUCAACCACUUAACUGGAUUAAGAAAGAUGCUGGUCAUUUUAUAUUUACAUUAAUUAAUCACCAAAGUGUUCAACCAACUCGGUUCUAUCCAUUAAAAUUAGGAAAUUCUGUUUAUAUUUUCCAAAACGAUUAUAUGAUUUCUGUUAUUGCUAUUCAAGGUGCUUUUAAAAUCAACUUACGUUCAGAAUCAAACUUUUCUUCUCGUUUUAGUAAUUAUUAUAAUGAUUCUGUUGGACAAGGUUCUUCUAUUUUUGUUAAAAAUCCAGAAAAAUUCAUUGUAAAAUCAUUGAUGGUUCUUGAAUUUUAUUAA